AUGUCCACCCCGCCGCCUCCUCUGGAGCUUAAGGAAGCUGAAGAUAAAACCCACGAGGAGACCGCAGAGGCCAAGGCGGACGAAGUUCCAGAACUAGAAACAGCGAAAGAGUCAAGCCAGACUACCUCCGGCGCAAAUGAUGAAGAUGAGACAGUCAAGAAGUCUAGUCGUGUAUCCCGCACACGUAUAAAAGACCUCGAGGCUGCGCUCACAGCUCUCUACAAGGAGCGCCGUGAUAUGUUCACAGACAUCGACCUCUACAAGCGCGACAUCGUAGGCUUCAAGAAAGACAUCUCGCGCCGCGACGCCCAGAUCCUAGAGCUACAGCAGCACACCGCAACACCGUCACUUGAGCUCGACAGUCUUCGUGCCGCGAAUGCCCGCAUCGCUGAGGAGCUACGUGUGCACAAAACCGCUGCAAACGCCGUUAUUGCUGCGCGCGAUGCCGAGAUUGCACGGUUAGAAGAGGUGGUGGGCGGGUUGAAGAUGUGCAUUAGUACUAGCACGCGAGUUGAAGAGGCAGUCGGGGAUGAAGUAUUUAGAGAUGCGUGGGGGAGGAUCGGGUAUGAUGUCGUUAACUGGUGCUUGACUAACGGAGCCGUGAAGGGGGGACGGGUAGAUGUAGGAUCUUUGGACGCGGAAGUGAGAGUAGUGUUGGAAAGGGCGGUACCCGGGCAUGACGGACUGGUAGGUGAUGGGAGGAGGGUGCAUGUAGUACAGGCAGUGAUGGCAGAUGUCUUAGUGAGGGAAGUGUUUAAGGGCUGGUUUUUAGGACUGGAGGAGGACCGAGAUGUGGCUUUGAAGGGAUUGGAGGGGAUGUUUGCCGACACAGCUUUACCAGCAUCUUUAAACUCUUGGCGCGCCUCGACGCUCACCCUCCUCCGCACACACCUCCUCGCCACACCCGCUGUCCUCACUGAGCUCUCGACUCGUAUCACCAACGCUCUCCUAACAUAUACCACACCCCUUCUCCCGAUGCCGCCCAGUGCAUCCCGCGAAAAAUCACUCACAGCGAUCGUGGAUGCCACGAUCCGUAUCGCAACACUGAUGCGAUGCCAGCGCGCACGCUUCCAAAUACAGGACAUACCUGUUGGCGUCAAGUGGGAUGCGGAGACUAUGGAAGACCUGACGGGAGAGGAGGAAGACGGAAGUGUGGUCGGGUGCGUGGCAUGGCCUGGGGUGGAAAAAUGUGGUGAUGAGAUGGGAGAGGGAAAAGAGGUCAGAUGUGUAGUAAGGGCUAAGGUGGUGUGUGUUGAGCCCAGAGAGGGUGCGUAA